AACCAGACGCUUCAGUCUCUUCGCACAGAGUGUGUUGAAGCUGCACACCGAGCCGUUGCCACAGUCUGCCUGCCGGACGGCUGCGAUGAGUGGAGCAAGUAUUCGCUUCCGCGAUGUGACGUGAUUCUAGGACUCCCCUACGACUUCGGAGAUUCUAAUUUUGCAUUGGCACCAGCAUGCGUGCUUUCUGGCCAGUACUACUGCCCCCUAGGGCUUCCAUUGGCUUUGAAAGUCACUUUGAAAGCAGCUAGCCGAUCAGCAGCCAUUUGGGCAAUGAUGCUGGAAGGCCUCAUGCCUGCCGUCGUGUCCGCACACCGGACAUUGUCGGUGGCACUCAGCUCGAAGGGCAACAUCCGAUCUUUCCUUCGGGAGUGGAUCGAGCAGGAAGAGAUCCGUCUGGGCUGCUCGCCGGAGCUUCAAUUCUUCUCCAUUUCAAGGUCCGUGGCAAAGAUGGAGGAGCAGGCUCGGAUUGGCCUCCCCAUGGCACUGUGUCCGACCUGUUGUCGAACGGCGGCUGGCCGACUGCGUGUCGUGUUUUUGCGGGACCCGUUGGCGAGGAUGUCAAGCUUCUUUCAUGGGUAUUUUCUGAAGCAAAAGGAGCGCUUGCUGCCUCAAAGCGAUCCGCACCUAUUUGAGACUUGGAUUCGUUUGAUCCUGAGUCCAAACGCUUCAGCAUCUCCGCUAUUCGAAGCAAGCGACUUGGAUCACGUCCGGCCAGCAUUGGACAGGUCGCCGACAGAUGACCCGGAGCAGGUGAUCUUCUGCAUAGAGGACGUUGAGAAGUCGCUGCGUCGCGUAGAAAGCGCUUUGUGUACCAGAUUCGGCCACUGCACCCCCUUGCCGAGCUUUCCUGCUGUGAAGCGGCAGUCAAAGCGAGAGCCAAAGAUAGGAGCUGAG